AUGUGCAAUGAGCUCUUCCUCAAGCGCAGCCAUUUCCAAUAUGGUAGGACAAAUAUACUCUUUCUGGGAAUGAGAACACGAAUCUCUACGUUUUCUCCUUUUGCCCGUCCUAACUUAUGAUACUUAUCAUAAAAGCGGAAAGACCUCGAUACUCCAAGUCCUCUUCGAUGAUCUCCCAGUCAAACAGACUUUACCUCGAGCCCACCAUGCGCACUGCAAAGCAUUUCAUUGACACCGUGGAGAUAUAGGACUGUCCAGGAAAUGUCACCGUCGACACACUCGGUGCAUCUCUCGCUGAGUCUUCGUAAUAGACAUACGAAUGCACAGGACCCCUACCAACAUCCUGUCUCAAAUUCAAAGCUCGUAGAGUUCAUAUCGUACACAAAGCAGAAAGGCUUUAAGAGGACGACAAGAUCGCACGCAGAAAACUUCCGCCAGAUACACGAACGCGUCAUGGACCACCUCGUAGACGAAUCUCCCGAAUUUGAGCAAUUCCCUCUCAAUAUCCAUCUUGCCUCCAUAUAUGACCAUCCUCUUCGAGAGGCAUUCUCUCGCGUGCUUCAUAAACUGAUCUAUUCCCUGCCAUAUCUCGAAGAACUAUUAAAUGUCUUUUGCUCUGACACAGCAUCCUCAAAGGCUUUCCUAUUCGAUACAUCCAGUAAAAUCCACGUCGCAACAGACACCUCACCAGUAGACCAAGCCACGCACAAUCUCUGCUGCGACUAUCUAUCCAUGCUCAACUCUUUUGGACCUCUCUACGGGCGAGUCGGUUGUCCCCAACACCAGCACCAACGCCCCCACCCACAGCCACGACAUCAACUCCCACCUCCGGCACCACUCCUACCGGAACACCGCUACUCUCCUCAUCGUCAUCCCCCCGGUCCACCCUCAAAGCCCCACUUCUACCCCUCAGCAGCGACGUCGCUCUCACCUUCACGCCCAGGAACUACGCUCACGUACCACUUUGUCACGCCACACCUCGCAUUGCUGGCACUCCUUCCGACGAUGGUGUAUUAUAUGCGCAGGGAUUUAGUGGAGUGGAAUGUCGUGUGGUUUAGGGAGGGCAUUAGGGAGAUAUGGAAAUCUGGGCUGCACGGGGCUUCGGAGCCUCAACGUUAA